GUUUUGUUUGUCCUCAAGCUGCCACAUUUAUGGGACAGCGAUAUCCAAGAGAGAUAAGCGGAGCCCGGCUCAAGCAUUGGGUCUCUCACCAGUCACCAGAGUCUCAGUCUCUCUCUCCUCCCUCUCUCUUUUGAAAUUUGAAUACCCGUUUUUUACCUCUUCUUUUGAGUUUUUGAUUUCCCCUUCCCUAUGCCCACUUCAGUUCGCGCCCGCGCCUCUCACGCUGGCUUUGACUGCCUCGGCGACACCCCCUUCCUCCUUGACCAAUGACCACUUUCUCUCUCUAUUUCUUUUUUUUUUUUUUUGAUAAUAACUUUCUCUCUCUAUUCUCUUCCUUAAUUCUUAUCCCUUUUAACCGUGUUUUUGUCCUGAACUUUUACCGAACACCCGGUGUGCUUGUGUUCGUGGGGUUCUAAUCUCUCUUUAGUCCUCUACAAAGGAGACAUGGUUGAUAAUUGUCUCAUCCGAGGUGGUGGUUCUGGUGGUAAUGCCGACUCUGCCAGUGCUCCGACGAGCAUCAGUUGCAGUAUAGAGGAGCUUAGCUUGGAGAAGAGUAGCAGUACCAGAACCAAUAGUAGCACUCUCACUGGGUCGAGUAACAGUUCUAUAAAUACUAAUAAGAUCAGUGAUGGUUGUCUGGAUGGGAAGCGAAGCCAGUGCAGUGCCUCUGAUGCAUAUAAGGAUGGGGAGUUCUUGGAAUGCGUUGAAACUGAGAACAGUAGUUUAAGCUCUGCGAGCUGCUGCAGCAGCAUUGAUGGUAACGAGGCUAGUUGCAGAAGCUUUUGCCCUAGUAAGCCCCAUAAGGGUAACGAUCUUCGAUGGGAUGCAAUUCAGUGUGUGAAAGCUAAAGAUGGUGUUUUGGGUUUGGGACAUUUUAGGCUUUUGAAGAAGCUUGGUUGUGGGGAUAUUGGGAGUGUGUACUUAGCGGAGCUUAGAGGGAUGGGUUGUCUGUUUGCAAUGAAGGUGAUGGAUAAAGGGUUGUUAGCCGGAAGGAAGAAGUUGCUGAGGGCUCAAACGGAGAGGGAUAUUUUGGGUCUGUUAGAUCACCCAUUUCUUCCAACUCUGUACUCCCAUUUUGAGACAGAGAAGUUCUCUUGCUUGCUUAUGGAGUUCUGCAGUGGAGGAGAUCUUCAUACACUCCGGCAGCGGCAGCCGGGAAAGCACUUCUCGGAACAAGUAGCACGGUUUUACGCUUCAGAAGUUCUUCUUGCCCUAGAGUAUCUACAUAUGUUGGGGGUGGUUUACAGAGACUUAAAGCCUGAAAAUGUAUUGGUCAGGGAAGAUGGCCAUAUUAUGCUUUCAGAUUUUGAUUUAUCAUUGAAGUGUAAUGUUAGUCCGACCCUCAUAAAGUCCAGUGCAGAAUCAUCCCGUAGGAUCUCAUCCUAUUGUAAUCAGCCAGCAUGCAAUUUACCAGCUUGUGUGGAACCUGCUUGUUUGCAACCUUCAUGCUUUCGACCUCGUCUUCGCAUUCCUAAGGCACGGAAGGCCAUGAAUGAUGGUUUAAGUCUAGCUCAUACAGAUUCUCUUCCUGUCCUUAUUGCAGAGCCAACCACUGCCCGGUCGAUGUCAUUUGUAGGGACCCAUGAAUAUUUAGCUCCUGAAAUAAUAAAGGGAAAUGGUCAUGGAAGUGCUGUUGAUUGGUGGACUUUUGGCAUCUUCCUGUAUGAACUACUUCAUGGAAGGACACCAUUCAAGGGAAAUGGUAACCGCGAGACAUUAUUCAAUGUAGUUGGGCAAUCACUGAAGUUUCCAGAGGGAUCAAAUAUCAGUAAUGCUGCUAAGGAUUUGAUCAGGGGAUUACUUGCAAAGGAACCACAACAGAGAUUAGGAUACAAAAGAGGUGCCACAGAGAUAAAGCAGCAUUCCUUCUUUGAAAAUGUCAAUUGGGCUCUCAUUCGUAGCACUCACCCUCCAGAUAUUCCUGAACCAGUUGAUCUGUCCUUUGUUAAUCAUACAGUUAGAUCAUCCAUGCCCACAAAUGACAGGGGAGCUACACAUUCAGAUAGCUCAUCAGGGCCUUAUCUAGAAUUUGAAUUUUUCUAGAGAAUUUUGAUGGGAUAAAUUCUUCUUUGUUUUUGAGGUUGAUUAAGAGCCAUAUGCUGCUCUUCAUUUGUUUCAUAAAAAAAAAAAAAAAAACAAAAAAUCCAUUGCUAUUUGUUAGAUUUUCUCCACCAGCUACCCUCUGUGGUUCAUACUUAUACCAACUACAAAACUGAAAUUUGUUGUCAGCACUUGAUUGGGAUGGUAAAGUAGGCAA